AUGGCAAAGAAAAAAGAUGUAUACGUGAUUAGUGGAACUCAAGAAGUAAAGGCACCAUUGGUAUGUUCAAUACGUCUUCUACUUGCUUGUUUGGCAUUUCUAGGUUUUUUUCUUUGUUAUGCUCAACGAAAUGGACUUUCUGUUAGCAUUGUUUGUAUGGUUGACCCUGAUGCGGAUAAUGUGACUUUAUCAAAGGAUAUUAAUUCUGUUGCUGUUUCUCGUAAUAUUCCAGCUUCUUGUCAUAAACAUACAGUGGAAAAAAGUCGAUCUGCAAGUCAAGUUCUUCUAUGGCCAAAACAAACACGUGGUGUUAUUCUUGGUUCAUUUUAUUGGGGUUAUGCAUUAACACAAGUGGCAUCAUCUGUUGCUGUUAAUUUACUUGGACCAAAACGUUUCCUUGCUAUACUUAUAUUUAUUUCAUCAGCGGCUACAAUGGUUUUACCAAUAUUCGCGAAACUUCAUCCAUCAUUUGUUAUUCUAAUACGUGUUGUAGCAGGUGCAGCUCAGGGUGGUCUUUGGCCUACAAUAUUUCGUUUUUGGGCAACAUGGGCUCCAGCAGCAGAAUUAACAACUCUUCUAUCAUUUCAAAGUUCAGGACCAUCAAUGGGUACUAUUGUUUCAUUAAUAAUUGGUGGUCUUUUUUGUACGUUUUCAUUAAAUGAUGCUAUUCCAUAUUUAUUUCGAUAUGGUUGGGAAUAUUUUUUCUAUCUUCUUGGUGGUCUUGGCAUUUUGUGGUCAAUAGUUUGGCUUAUUUUUGCAAGUGAUACACCUUCAACGAAUACACAUAUAUCAGAAAAUGAAAAAGAAUAUAUUCGUUCAUGUAAAGCUGCUGAAAAAAUUCAAGAUACACGAACAAAAGUACCAUGGGGACCAAUGUUACGAUCACAAGGUUUUUGGUGUAUACUUAUUUCAAUGUUUUUUUGUGAUUUUGGUCUAUAUGCUAUUUGGGCAGUUGUACCAGAAUAUAUGAAUGAAGUUUUAUUAUUUAGUAUUGAAGAAAAUGGUUUUCUAUCAGCAUUACCACAUAUGGCAAGUUUUGUAGUUGUUUUAUCAACUGGUGGUUUAGCAGAUUUUAUUAUAAGAAGAAAAUUUUUAAGUCGUGUUAAUACAAGAAAAUUAUUUCAUGGUAUUGGAACAUUAUCCCCAGCUAUAUGUCUUCUAAUAAUAUCAUUUCUUGAUUGUGAACGACGUUAUUCAGCAGUAUUAUUAUUAGUUAUUGGAAUAGCAUUAAAUGGUUUUAUGAUGUCUGGAGGGUAUGUUGUUAAUGUUGGAGAUUUUAGUGGUGUUCAUUCAGGUGUUGUUUUUGGUAUUUGCAAUACGAUUUCGUGUAUUGGAGGAUUUUGUGCACCAUAUAUAACAAGUAUUAUUACGAAACAUAAAACACCAGCGGAAUGGAAAAUAGCUUUUACGCUAUAUGCUGGAUCAUUUCUUAUAUCGGCUAUUGCAUUUGCACUUUUAGCACGUGGUGAAACAGAACCAUGGGCACGAGACGAUGUUCAUGAUGAAAAAAUUAAUUAUGAUGUUGAUGCUAAGAAAGAAUUAAUGGAAAUGAGUCCAGUUGGCAUUGUACCAGACAAUCCAGUUGUUUAA